GGAAGUUGUUGUCAAGCGUCUGUAGCAUUAGCUCUGCCAGCAUCAAACACACAGAAACAUGUCUUUACUUUUCUCUUUUUAGAGCCGUAGACAUUAAAAAACAACUCUGGAGGAAGCCGUCGCCUUGCUGGAGCUAUACUUAGUUGUAAUGAUAAUUUCAUUUUCCUGGGCUAUUUAUUUUAUAUUUGUGUCGAAGCCAUUGUUUGGGAAAAACUAGCUAGCGUUUGCAAUGGGUCGAUGACACAGACUGCACUGCACCACAAGAGUUUGAGUGAACACCAGCUUCUUGCACUGGGGAGAAAGUGAAGAGGGAACAUGGAUUUCUCUAAGUUCCUGGAUGAUGAAUUUGAUGUGAAAGACUGGGUGAACGGAGCCUUCAAGGUGGUGCAGAAGGACGCUCCGGGGAAGGCGGACACACACGCAGCCACUCUGGUGAUGAAACUGCAGCUCUUCAUCCAGGAAGUCAACAAUGCCAUUGAGGAGAGCAGUAACCAGGCGCUCCAGAACAUGCCCAGAGUGCUGCGGGACGUGGAGGCUCUGAAACAGGAGGCCUCUUUCCUCAAGGAGCAAAUGGUUCUGGUCAAGGAGGACAUCAGGAAGUUUGAGCAAGACACUGUGCAGUCUAUGCAGGUCCUGGUGGAGAUCGAUCAAGUGAAGGGCCGCAUGCAGCUGGCAGCUGAAGCUCUGCAGGAGGCCGACAAAUGGAGCACACUGAGUGCAGACAUCGAGGAGACCUUCAAAACACAGGACAUGGCAGUCAUUUCCUCCAAGCUGACCAGCAUGCAGAACAGUCUGGCCAUGUUGGUGGACACUCCAGACUACUCUGAGAAGUGUGUCCACCUGGAGGCUCUGAAGAACAGACUGGAAGCUCUGGCCAGCCCUCAGAUAGUAGCAACCUUUAACUCCAUGUCUCUAGACCAAGCCAAGCUGUUUGUUAAAGUCUUCACAGAGAUAGAUAGGAUGCCACAGCUCCUUGCCUACUACUACAAGUGUCACAAGGGUCAGCUGGUGAGCAUGUGGCAGGAUCUCUCUCAGAGCGAGCUCAGUCUGAAUCAGCAGCUGUCUGAAUUCUACGACACCUUGCUCUCCUCGUGGCACUCUCAACUACAGUGGAGCAGCCAGGUUUUUAAGAACCCGUACGAGGUGGUGACGGUGCUGCUGAUCCAGACUCUGGGGGCCAUGGUGCCCUCCAUCCCCGUGUGCCUGAGCUCGGCUCUGGAGCGGUCAGCCCAGGAGCAGCGCCUCGACACGCUGCUGGAGCUCCAUCACACCACCUCCACCUUCGGACACAGCCUGGAGGCCGCCAUGCUGCCACACCUGGGUGAGAAUAAUCUGCUGAAGGUGACUGAGCUGGUGUGCUCGCUGUAUGACCCCUACAAGCCUUAUCAGCUACAGUACGGAGACCUGGAGGAAGCCCACCUGCUCAUCCAGAUCAGUGCUGUACCUCUGGAGCAUGGGGAGGUUAUUGAUUGUGUGGAAGAGUUGAGCCACUCUGUAGGGAAGUUGUUUGGCCUGGCCGGCGCUGCUGUGGACCGCUGCGUCAAACUGACAGACGGACUGGCUGUGUGCGGCCUCCUCAAAGCCCUCAAAGCUCUCUUCACCAAGUAUAUGUCGGACUUCUCCACAACCCUGCAGUCGAUCAGGAAGAAGUGUAAACUGGAGGAAACGCAGAGUUCUUCUGUUUUCCAGGAGGACUGGACAGCUUUUCAGAACUCUGUCAGGAUUAUUGCCACUUGUGGAGAACUGCUAAGACAAUGUGGAGCCUUUGAGCAGCAGCUGUCAAACAGGAUCCUGGGCUCGGCAGGUAAAUAUUUGUCGGACUCGUACAGCCCACGCAGCCUGGCAGGCCUCCAGGAGGCCAGCUCCACAGACAGGAGGAGCACCACCAAGAACCCCUGGCAGGAGUACAACUACCUUCAGAGGGGAAACAUGGCCGAAUACAACAGCCUGAUGGAAGUUCUCUUCUCCCUAAAGGAGAAGGGCACAGGUAACUCCAGCCUGUUAGUCGAGCCCAGAGCAGCUCUGAUCAGACUCAACCAGCAGGCCAACCAGCUGGCCUUCGACUCCGUCUUCCUGCAAAUCAAACACCAGCUCUGCCUCGUCUCCAAGAUGGAGAGACAAGAGGAAUCUGGGUUUGGAGAGAGCUACACAGAGGACCUGCCGACUUUCAGCCUGUCCCCGCAGGAGUACAUUACAAAUAUUGGUCAGUACCUGAUGUCUCUGCCUCUCCACUUGGAGCCAUUUGUGACUCAGGAGGACCCGGCACUAGAGAUGGCGUUGCAUGCUGGGAAGCUGCCUUUCCCUCCAGAGCAAGGCGACGAUCUUCCCGAGCUGGACAACACUGCAGAUUACUGGCUGGGCUCCAUCGCCCGGGCAACCAUGCAGACCUACUGUGACUCCAUCCUGCUCAUCCCCCAGCUGGGCCCCCAUUCCACUAAACAGCUGGCCACAGAUAUCGACUAUCUGAGCAACGUGAUGGACGCUCUGGGCCUGCAGCCGUCCCGCGGCCUGCAGCACAUCGUCACCUUGCUGAGGGCCAAACCAGAAGACUUCAGACAAACUGCCAAACUGCUGCCCCGCCGGCUGGCCUCCACCAUCGCCGCUGUCCGGCACAUCGACUACUAACAGCAGGAAGAGAAUAAAGGACCGUAGGUAAAAGAGAGCAGCACUCGGGACGUUGGAUAAAUGAAGAAUAAUGUGAUAUCAAUGGUUGGUUUACUUGUUACAGUCCCUUUUAAUCUCAAAUGUAGAGCAUUUUAAGAUAAGAUAAAUAGGAAUUGCAUUUAUGAGAAUGUUUAAAGAUUGAAAUUAGGGUGGUUCAGACUUUUUUAUACUGAUUUUUUUUUUGUGACUUUGAAUGUCCAACGGUGAUACUGCCUUCAAGUCAAGUCUCUUGACUCAACGUAUUUCAUUUCUGCAUUAUUUUAAGUUGCAUCUAACGAGCUAACAUUAUAUACAUCAGGGGAUGUUUGACAGCAUUUUAAAUCUAUAUGACUGAUAUAUUUGUUGUUGAUCAUUUGUAAGAAAAUAUAUUGAUCUAUUAUAUUAAAUUAAGGUAAUAUCUCUGAUAUGAGCUGUAUUGUUUUCUGUAAACUCGGCAGUUUACUUCCAAAGUUAAGGUGAAGGUGAGCUUUUUUUUCCAUGCAGUAUCAUAAUAAUUUGUACAUAAAACAUUGACACUAAAUAGAGCCUAUUGUGUUACUUUUUCAAUCAGUUUUCUUCCGCUAGAUGAAAUAGGGACUGGGGUGGAUUUGUAAUGUAAUAAAUCCAGUUUAUAAU